AUGUUUGCGGUACACUUGUUGGCGUUUUACUUCACCAAGCUGAAGGAGGAUCAGAUCAAGAAGGUGGACAGGUUCCUGUAUCACAUGCGCCUCUCUGAUGAGACCCUUUUGGACAUCAUGGCUCGCUUCCAGGCAGAAAUGCAGAAGGGCCUAGGGAAGGACACCAACCCCACAGCCUCGGUGAAGAUGCUUCCCACCUUCGUCAGGGCCAUUCCAGAUGGCUCAGAAAAUGGGGAAUUUCUCUCCCUGGAUCUUGGAGGAUCCAAGUUUCGAGUCUUGAAGGUGCAAGUCUCUGAAGAGGGGAAACGACAUGUCCAGAUGGAGAGUCAGUUUUACCCAACGCCCAAUGAAAUCAUCCGAGGGAACGGCACAGAGCUGUUUGAGUACGUAGCUGACUGUCUGGCAGAUUUCAUGAAGACCAAAGAAUUGACGCAGAAGAAAUUACCUCUUGGCCUAACCUUUUCCUUUCCCUGCAAACAGACUAAAUUAGAAGAGGGUAUCCUGCUUUCAUGGACGAAGAAGUUUAAGGCGAGGGGAGUUCAGGGCACAGACGUAGUGAGCUCUCUGACCAAUGCUAUGAAAAGACACCAGCAGGACUUAGAUGUGGACAUCCUGGCUUUGGUCAACGACACCGUGGGGACCAUGAUGACGUGCGCCUAUGACGAUCCCUACUGUGAAGUUGGUGUCAUCAUUGGUACCGGCACCAACGCGUGCUACAUGGAGGACAUGAGCAACAUCGACCUGGUGGAGGGCGACGAGGGGAGGAUGUGCAUCAACACCGAGUGGGGGGCCUUCGGGGACGACGGGGCCCUGGAGGACAUCCGCACUGAGUUCGACCGGGAGCUGGACCUCGGCUCUCUUAACCCCGGGAAGCAGCUGUUUGAAAAGAUGAUCAGCGGCCUAUACUUGGGUGAACUCGUCAGGCUUAUCUUGCUGAAGAUGGCCAAGGCAGGCCUCCUGUUUGGCGGCGAGAAAUCCUCUGCUCUUCACAUUAAGGGCAAGAUUGAAACACGACAUGUAGCUGCCAUGGAGAGGUACAAAGAAGGCCCAGCCAAUACAAGAGAGAUCCUGACAGACCUGGGCCUGGAGCCUUCGGAUGCAGAUUGCAUUGCGGUCCAGCGCGUCUGUACCAUCGUCUCCUUCCGCUCAGCCAAUCUCUGCGCAGCCGCCCUGGCAGCCAUCCUGACACGCCUCCGGGAGAACAAGAAGCUGGUGCGGCUCCGGACCACAGUCGGCAUGGACGGCACGCUCUACAAGAUCCAUCCCCAAUACCCGAAGCGCCUGCACAAGGUGGUGAGGAAACUGGUCCCGAACUGUGACGUCCGCUUCCUCCUGUCAGAGAGCGGCAGCACCAAGGGGGCUGCCAUGGUGACCGCCGUGGCCUCCCGGGUGCAGGCCCAGCGGAAGCAGAUUGAUAAGGUGCUGGCUUUGUUCCGGCUGACCCAAGAACAGCUUGUGGGCGUUCGGAACAAGAUGCGGGUUGAGUUCGAGUACGGGCUGAAGAAACAUACCCACCCGCUGGCCACAGUCAAGAUGCUGCCCACCUACGUCUGUGGGAUGCCAGAUGGCACAGAGAAAGGAAAGUUCCUCGCCCUGGAUCUGGGAGGAACCAACUUCCGGGUCCUCCUGGUAAAGAUCAGAAGUGGACGACGGUCAGUGCGCAUGUACAACAAGAUCUUCGCCAUCCCCCUGGAGAUCAUGCAGGGCACGGGCGAGGAGCUGUUCGACCACAUCGUGCAGUGCAUCGCCGACUUCCUGGACUACAUGGGCCUCAAGGGAGCCCAGCUGCCUUUGGGCUUCACGUUCUCAUUUCCCUGCAGGCAGGCAAGCAUUGACAAGGGAACACUCAUUGAGUGGACCAAAGGCUUCAAAGCUACUGACUGUGAAGGGGAAGAUGUGGUGGAUAUGCUCAGGGAGGCCAUCAAGAGGAGAAAUGAAUUUGACCUGGACAUAGUUGCAGUUGUGAAUGACACAGUGGGAACCAUGAUGACCUGUGGCUACGAAGAUAGUAAUUGUGAGGUUGGCCUGAUUGCGGGAACAGGCAGCAACAUGUGCUACAUGGAGGAGAUGAGAAACAUUGAACUGGUGGAAGGGGAUGAAGGGAAGAUGUGCAUUAAUACCGAGUGGGGAGGAUUUGGAGAUAAUGGCUGCCUCGAUGAUAUCCAGACCCAAUAUGACAAGGAGGUGGAUGAGGGGUCCUUGAAUCCUGGCAAACAGAGAUACGAGAAAAUGACCAGUGGGAUGUACCUGGGGGAAAUCGUGCGGCAGAUCCUGAUCGACUUGACCAAGCAGGGUCUCCUCUUCCGCGGCCAGAUUUCAGAACGUCUCCGGACCAGGGGCAUCUUUGAAACCAAGUUCUUGUCUCAGAUUGAAAGCGACCGGCUGGCCCUCCUCCAGGUCAGGAGGAUCCUGCAGCAGCUCGGCCUGGACAGCACAUGUGAGGAUAGCAUCGUGGUGAAGGAGGUGUGCGGUGCUGUGUCCCGGCGGGCGGCCCAGCUUUAUGGUGCUGGCCUGGCUGCCAUCGUGGAGAAGAGGAGGGAAGACCAGGGACUUGAGCACAUGAGGAUCACCGUGGGUGUGGAUGGCACCCUGUACAAGCUGCACCCACACUUUUCUCGGAUUCUGCGGGAAACUGUGAAAGAACUAGCUCCUCGAUGUGAUGUGAUGUUCAUGCUGUCAGAAGAUGGGAGCGGAAAGGGAGCAGCUCUGAUCACUGCUGUGGCCAAGAGGUUACAGCAGGCACAAAGGGAGCACUAG